AAGCCCUGGCCGGGAGAUAAGAGCGUCUGGGGAGCAGAUGUGGGUUCCCAGCCAGCACAGGCAGAGCAAGGUCCCUGCCCCUCAGCCGUGAUGUCCGGCCAGGCAGCUGUUUCUGUGAGCGACCCUGAGCUUGGCGGUGGCAAGGGGCAGGAGACCAGAGUGAGGAGCAGCUGGUGUGGGUCCUGGUAUGAGCAGUUUGUGCAACCCUGUGUGGUGGAACUUCUGGGCUCUGCCCUCUUCAUCUUCAUCGGGUGCCUGUCGGUCAUUGAGAAUGGGGUGGACACGGGGCUGUUGCAGCCGGCCCUCGCCCACGGGCUGGCCCUGGGCCUCCUCAUCGCCACGCUGGGCAACAUCAGUGGUGGACACUUUAACCCUGCGGUGUCCCUGGCGGCCACGCUGAUCGGAGGCCUCAACCUGGUGCUGCUUCUCCCGUACUGUAUCUCCCAGCUGUGCGGGGGGAUGAUUGGGGCCGUCUUGGCCAAGGUAGUGAGUCCUGAAGAGAGGUUCUGGAAUGCGUCUGGAGGGGCCUUCGUGACAGUCCAAGAGCCAGAGCAGGUGGCGGGAGCGGUGGUGGCAGAGCUCGUCAUGACCACAAUCCUGGCCCUGUCUGUAUGCAUGGGCGCCGUCAACGAGAGGACACAGGGCCCUUUGGCCCCAUUCGCUAUUGGCUUCUCUGUCACAGCAGAUAUACUGGCAGGAGGUGCUGUGUCUGGAGGCUGCAUGAAUCCUGCCCGGGCCUUUGGACCUGCUGUGGUGGCCAACUACUGGACCUAUCAAUGGAUCUACUGGCUGGGCCCGUUCCUGGGCAGCUUGGUUGUGGGGCUGCUCAUCAGGUUCUUCAUUGGAGAUGCCAAAACCCGUCUGAUCCUAAAGGGGCAUUGAGCUCAGGUGGAAUUCCUGCUGCCAGGUGCCCCCUGUGGACCCCCUGGACUCUAGACAAGGCAGCUUCCGUGUUUCCUGCCAGAGCAGAGGCCAGAGGAGUGACUGGAUGAUUCCUCUGACCUGGGCCUGGCUUCUCAGAUAGAGGGACUCUUACUAAGUCAUGUGGAUGCUCGCCUGACACCUCAGCCUGUGGACAUGUUGUUCAGCACUACCCAGAGGCAGAAACAGCACAACCGAAGAAAUUUUCCUGACAGGGAAGCUCUGAGGAGCAGAAGAACAGUUGGAAGAGGAGGCUGCACAUCACUUCAGGCCUCCCACACUUUCUUUCUUUCUUGGGUUCCCUGACCCCUGUUACACUAGGGCCUUCUGCGAGCAAUUUCUUUACCCCUUGAGCUGUCAGUUCAGCUUUGUAAUAAAUAGUGCAGUAUUUCC